CCCAAUUGCCCCGCGGAAGCUGCAAGACAAACAUACCAACCCAAGACAACAACUAGCUGUCCUGGCAAUCCAGAACAUUCGCGGCCAAUGGAGACGAUGGAUUUUCCCCUGCACUGGACACUAGACUUCCUACAAGACAUCCUCCCGCCCGAGACCGUCGCCCAAGUCCAGAACUUCCUGCUCAACCCGUCCAGCCCGCUGCACAACCUGCGCCGCCACCUCGCCGCCGCCGCCGCGCACAUGUACCCGCUGGUGGCGGCCGCGCUCGGCCGCCUGACCGAGCUGCUCUCGGCGUCCCCCAACGUCGUCGCCGCGGCCGUGAUCCUCGCGCUGGCCGUGCUCGUCAUGCAGAUCCUGAGCUUCGUGCACCGCCUCGUGCUGUUCUGGACGCGCGUCGCCUUCCGCCUGCUGUUCUGGGCCGCCGUCGGCCUGCUGGUCUCCGUGGCCUGGCAGCGCGGCUGGGAGCGCACCCUGCGCGACGUGGUCGUGCUGGGCAGCCAGCUGGUCGGGUGGGUGGCCGGCGUCGUGGACCUCUGGGUGCGCGAGUACGAGCGGGCGCAGGCGCAGGCGCAGGCGCAGUCGCGGUCGCAGUCGCGGUCGCAGUCGCAGCGGAGGUAUGGGGAUUAUCAGCAUUGGUGACGGCGGCCGUAUGAGUGGAAAUCAGCGCGAUCGAUGACGAUAAUGGCACGGUGUUUCAUAUGGUUGGUUUGGAGGCGUUCAGCGGAUGGGAUAGGGAUACGGCGAAGGCAUGGCGGAUCUUGUCUUUCUCGGGAGAUGCAAUUGGAAUAAUGGCACGGCCCCUUGGGCGUGGGUAUCUCGGGCUGGUCU